AUGGCACCUCUUCCUGCUUCUCGAGUCACUCCAUCAUUAGUCUUCGAAACGACUGGAGUUGAUUAUGCUGGACCAAUAACUCUCAAGACGUUCCAAGGAAGAGGAACUAAGACAUUCAAAGGGUGGAUAGCGGUCUUCGUCUGCUUCUCAACAUCAGCAAUCUACCUCGAAGUCGUCUCAGACUACUCAACUGAGGGCUUUCUAAAAGCAUUCCGAAGAUUCGUCAGUCGACGAGAAAUUUGCAAAACCCUACGCAGCGACUGUGGAACAAAUUUUAAAGGAGCUGAUAAAGAGCUAAGACGUCUCUUCUCUCAAGCAACUUCAUGCUCAAAGGACAUGCAACGGCUCCUAGCCCACGACGGUACAAAUUGGAAAUUCAACCCCCCAGGAACUCCACAUAUGGGUGGAAAAUGGGAACCUGCUGUAAAGUCUGUAAAACGUCAUCUCCAAAAGUCCAUAUCAGACACAAGCUUCAC